CCGUAAGUCAGGGAAUCAUGAGGGUUAGUCUAGACAGUGGUGUACCUAUUGUUUUUGGUGUUCUUACUUGUUUGAAUGAUGAACAAGCAUUGGAAAGGGCCGGCUUGGGAGACAAAGAAUCUAAACAUAAUCAUGGAAUUGAUUGGGGCCGGUGCGCGGUUGAAAUGGCUGUUAAGAAUACUAAGUGGAUGUCCGGCACUAUUUAA